AUGAACAAACGUUCCUCUGAAAGGACAUUGAUAUUAGAAGAAGAACCUGAAUCGCUGUUCUGGGAUAGUCAAGUGUAUCGCAAAUUGGAUUUUAAGAAUUUAAAGAAAAAAUCGUUCCGUUACUACGACGAUACCAGUUUUUUAAAAUACAUAUUUUUUCACUGGGUUAACAAAUGGGCAUUUGUGCUAUCAAAAAAAUAUGUUGAACCAUACAAAUAUCACCCUUUACAGGUUUCAGAUCAGAUUUUAAAAUGGGAACCAAUAUUUUCAAAACACGUUAGCGACGGGUUAGUCAGAUUGGAUCUUUACGAGGCCACAAAGUUUAGUAAGAAGCCCGUUAGACCAUACAGAUCCGUCCUGCUUCGCGCCAUUGUAUUAACUUGCUGGAAAAGAGCUUCAGUUUUGUUUUCAGGUCUAGUCUUUGGCAUCGUUUUGAGUUUAAGCAUAUCCAUUUUGAUCAAAAAGUUGCUUGAAAUCUUAAACGACCAUUCUAUACAUAUAGGCUAUACGAUAUUGUUGUUGUUUGCUAUAAUAACUCUUCAUAUAUUCUCGGGAGUACUCCUAGAGAAUAUAAAUUUUUAUAUAUGCAGGAUGAUAUACACUUUUCAUUACUUGUACGCAAUCGUAGCCUAUCGCCAUUGUCUAUCUCAUAGGCGCUCAUAUUACAACAAUAUCGAUGGAUCCAACCAGUUAAACACGUGCAAUGAGGUACUUCACAGUUGUUUGCCUGAUUCUCCUUGUUCCAAAAACCCUUUAUUUUGCCCUGCCUUACGGUAUCAAAGCAAAGAAAUGAGCCCCAAAAUAUUCACAUACGUGUUCUAUGACUCUUUUUACAUCGCAAGCGCAUUGGAAUACGUUGAACAUUUUGUUCAAUUUUUAGGAAAUUUUAUUUACGGCGUGUACUUGAUGUCGAAACAUGUUAAGGCCAAUUUAUGGGCAUUAUAUCUUGCCGGUGCUUUGUUCCUGUUCUUUAUGGUUGUCAUUGAGAUUUUCAAUGCCGUUAUAUAUAAGUUUAUAUUAUACGUGAGGGAUUACAAAGUAACGAAGUACAACGACAUCCUUGGCUCCCUAAGUAUAAUUAAGAAAAUGUUGAUUGACGACAUCGGGUUUAAUAUUAUAACUCGCACGAGGAACGACGAGCUUUCAUUAGUCUUUGUUAAAAAUUUUAUUACAUUACUUAAUAUGUGCAUCUACAGCACCUGGAUCAACACUUCAUUUUACAUAAUUAAAAGGUACUUUGUUAAGUCAGUCAACGACGUGAAUGUUAUUUCCGAUAUAGAUACGGCAGGAUUCAUGACAACGUUUUACAUUUAUAUGAAAAUUGUCGGUUCUAUGUUUUUGAUACCCAGGGCCAUAAACGUUUUUGGAAUGGGAUACGCAUCUUAUAGAAGGCUAAACAAGUACCUCUCUGGUUGUUCUCCUAAUUUUUAUGCCGCCGAUAAUAAAUUUACUGGUUCCACAAAAACUUCCUAUAAUAUCAUUGAGUUAACAACUCAGCUCCCUAAAGACAUUGUAGUCUACUACAAGGACGCAUCAUUCACAUGGGUUCACACACGCGACGACCUAUUAAACAAGAACUAUGACAUAUUUUUGAAAGACGUCAACUUUGUGUUGAAACGUGGCGAUAUAGCCAUAAUUACCGGUUCUCAAGGUUCUGGUAAAUCUAACUUUAUCAAAACAAUGCUUGGUGAGAUGACCCUAGUUGGUGGCUCAAUGGCUGUUGUACCAUUACACACAUCAAUGCCAAUAUUCUAUGCAUCACAAGAUAUAUUCCUACAACAGGGUACAAUUAGAUCCAACAUUGUAUUUGGUUAUAAGUUUGAUGAACAACUGUACAACACUGUGCUGAAGGCUGUUGAACUAGAACUUGACAUAUCAACCUGGGAUAAGGGUGACCUCAGAGUUGUGUCAGAUAAUGCACAUUCACUCAGUGGAGGUCAGAGAGUGAGAGUGGAGUUGGCUCGUGCAAUAUAUGCUUAUUUGGUGUUCCAUAAAGUCAACAAGGAGUAUAAUAACAGCAAGUGUUCGUUCUUAAUGUGUUUGGAUGCCUCGUUCCAGUGCCUUGAUCCCUACGUAAUUAAGAUCAUGUUCAAUAACCUGUUUAAUGUAAGAACUGGAUUAUUGGUAAAGGAUGAUUUAAGUGUUGUUUUAUCGUCAUCGAAACAGGGUCUUCAAACAUGUAUGAAUCCAUCUGAUCCCAAUCAGUUUCCGAAUGUGCCAAUUUAUAACAUAAAAACCAAGGAAUUAAAGUUCUUUAGUAACUUGCACGACUUUAUGAAGAACAAUAAGCACGACGGCGAUUUCAACUUUUCGACCUUUGCUAAACCCGGCCCUUAUACGCUGAACAGCUUGAACAACAAUAUGCUCGGUAUAUGUUUAUCAAGUGCCAAUUCCAAAUGCGGUCGUGCCGAGGUUAACAAGGAAAUUUACCGUGAGUCUUUUAAGACAUACGUCAAGGAUCACUUAGCAGGCAUUAAGUUUAAUCCAUAUUUUGUGUAUAUGAAGCCUGCACUUUUCACUUUCUCAAUGUACAUUAUUCUUACUGUGGCAUUGAGCGCAAUGGACUAUGGUAAAUUUAUCUUGUCUACGAACCUAUCAGACUACAUCAUCAAUAACAUCAACGAAUACGACAAGGGUAAUUACGUCGAUCUCGACAAAGUCAAAACACAUACUAAUUCUGCCCUCGGUGUUACUGUCAUGUUUGUAUCAAUCAUCAUUAUAUUGUCAUUUUUGGCCACCGUAGCAAUUUCAGUGGGUUCAUUGAUUUCAUGUCGCAAACUCCACGAAUACUGUAUCAAAACUAUGUUCAAUUAUAGUUCGUCUGUCGUUAAAAUUAAAAAACAGAUAAGUCAAGUUUUAACCUUCAUUUCUUGCGAUCUUAUGAUGAUUGAUGAUAUUACAGGGUUAUUUUUUGCUUUAUUGUUAUUCUCGUUCAUUCAGACGGUCACUAACAUAAUUACAUUGUUUUAUGUGAUUCCUUUUUCCAUCCCAUUUAUCGCAGUCACUAUAAUUUUAACUUAUGUUUAUGUUUUAAGGAGAUAUAUCGGGUCCGUCAGUACAUUGAACUUUGGGUUUUUUGAAUCACUUGCCCACCUUAACACUGUUAUUGAACGUACCAUCUUAGGGUCGCCUGUUUACCGAAGUUUCAAUAGAAAUUCUGAUCUAAUUAGAGAUUUUUUGGAACAAAGGGAUUAUAAUGCUAGAACCAAGUUCCUUUUCGCUGCAGUCGUUUCAUGGUCCACCGUCGUGUUUACUUGGAUGUUCUCAAUAACCACAUUCAUUAUUCUGGUUAUCCCAAUCGUUUUGGACAAAUACUCCAAAUAUAAAAUGACCGUCGGUUAUUUUGGUUUGGCUCUAUCUCUCUGCACAAAUGUGAUCAAAUCAUAUAGCAACUUCGCCUUAAUUUAUGCUUGUGUUCAAAUGUUAAUGGGUUCAAUUGAAAGGUUUCAGUAUUUCAUUCCUCUGGGCCAAAAGCUCACGUUCGAUCCAUGUCCUAACACCCACGAAGAAUAUGUCGUUAAUCAAUCAGAUAAAAAAGUUAGUUUCCUGGACAAAAAACAAUUGUUGAAAAGAAGAUCAAUUGAGUUCCGAGCGGAAAAUAAAAAAUUUUAUCGUCUACGAAAAUUCUUUUAUCAUCCUAGGAUACACUUCCUCGAUGUUGACCGUUAUCUAUCAUCAGAUCAUUCGGGUAUAAAGUUGCAAAACGUUUGUAUUUAUGCCUCACUUGACCGUAAUUCAGAUAAUAUGAUUUUAAAACACCUUUCUGUCUCAGCACAUAAAUCUGAAAUUAUUGGGGUAAUUGGUAAGACAGGCGCAGGUAAAACAACUCUCUUAUCAGCAUUACAAAACAUAAACGAAAACAGAACAGGUCACGUAGUAUUAGAUGGCAAGGAUUUGAACGAUUUACCCAAGGUUGUCCUUCGACAAGUUAUUGGUGUUGUUCCACAACUACCAUUCUUAUUCAAAGGUUGGACUAUCCGUAGAUUCCUAGAUCCUAGAAAUUUGUUUCCUGAUCAUGAAAUCUAUGAAGCUUUGGAUAAGUGCAGUUUCCUAGAAUUUGUUAACACUCUGCCUGGCUCUAAAGGGUUAGACACUGUUAUAAUUCCUGAUGGGGAUUUAAUUGACUCACAUUCAGAUACGAACCAAUCCAAAAAUAGAAGCGAAAAUGAAAACAACUAUAUUGAGUUGAACAAACAUUAUUUCGGCAACUGUAAGCUAUUAUCAAGCACACAAAUCAGAACUUUAAUGUUUGCAAGAUUAGUCCUGUACAAAGAUUUUUAUAGAAUGAUAGUUGUAGACGAACCUCCACAAGAAGACUUGGCUGAAGAGAAGCGUGCUAAAUCGGACGAUCAAGGAAUUGAAAUUUAUAAUCUUCUACGCAAAUACUUUGGUCACUGUACGACGUUCGUCACUGCACACGAUGUUAAAGUCUUGAAAACUUGUACCUCGGUAUGGGUGAUACACGAAGGUUCACUAGUUAAAACUUGUAAAGCCAGUGAUAUCGCAGCAAAUGAGUCUAUCGCAUCAAUUAUUGAAGAAUGUGUAAAAUAUUCAUAA